CAUACAUACAUACAUACAUACAUACAUACAUACAUACAUACAUACAUACAUACAUCAUGCUCAACGCGAUUGUAUUCUUGAUUAUUCUGCGGGCAGCCCCAGUGUUAUCCAGCUGGAUACCAUCGGCGAGCAAUAUCUUCGUGGAAGUUGCAACUUGGCUCGAGCCGACCAACAAUCUCCUAGCCAUAACCGAGGUGAAUGGCCCGGAAGGGAGAACUCGGCGCUGUCGUUUAAUGGCUUCUGGGGUGGAUGAUACCGAUGGUCUUGAGCUUGCCGUUGCCAAGUGUGGCUCCAGAGGUAUCAUUGACCUUCCUCAUCCCAGAUACAUCAUCUCGCGUCCGCUAGACUUACGACUCGAACACUCGACGCUCAACGUGCAUGGUUUCUUGACAUUCACAGAUGAUCUCGAUUACUGGAAGUCCAAUCAUAUAGCGUUUCCAUUCCAGAAUCAGUCUCUCGGUCUCGUCUUCCACGGGCACCAUUUCACCCUGGACGGCCAUAAUACCGGUGGCAUCGAUGGACAAGGUCAGAAAUGGUACGAUGACGCUCGCCGCGAAGGGAAUAAGUAUGGUCGGCCAAUGUCCUUGGCGAUUAGCCACUCGCAUGAUGUGGUGAUCAAGAAUUGGUCCAUCAUUCAGCCUCAAUUCUGGGCCAGUCUUGUCGCUUGGAGCAGGAAUGUCCUACUCAAGAAUGUCUAUGUGAAUGCUACGAGCUAUAAUCCAGAGUCUUGGGAGGAACCAGACGGAAAGAGCUGGCUACAAAACACGGAUGGUCUCGACACAUACAACGCAGACAAUGUCACAGUCGAAAACUUCGUGUACCAAGGAGGCGAUGAUUGUCUCGCACUCAAAGCAAACAGUACUGCUAUAACUUUCCGCAACAUCACCUGCGUGGGUGGUACAGGCAUCGCCAUCGGAUCCUUAGCGCAAUACCCCGGAGUGACCGAUAUCAUUGAAGAUGUCUGGAUUGAAGACGUAAAACUCCUGCCAGCACCCUCUAACCAGUGUGCCUUGUUCCAAGGGUUGCUUCUCAAAGCAUGGGGAGCCGAGACACAUGGCACUCCCCCCAAUGGAGGCGGAGGUGGCUUAGGCUACGCUCAUAACAUCACCUUCAAGGAUAUUUACAUGGAAGGCAUCAUACGUCCUAUAGUCUUGCAGUCGACUCUAACCUAUCUAUCGAAUGUAACUCUAAGCCCUGGCAACUUCGAAUGGUCCGACCUUCAUUUCCGUAACAUCACUGCAAUGUCAAAAUAUAACAGACUGAUAUGGCUCGACUGUCCAGCCCAGCACCCCUGCCGAAAUUUCACCUUUAGGGACAUGCACCUAAUCCCCGGCGCCACAGAUCAUCCAGAGCUUCGGUAUGUCUGCAACAAUGUCGUUCUCGGUGGAAAGGACGGACUCAACGAGUGUCAUCCCAGUGACUCCAUGCUUGAGCGCAGAGAAGACGGCUGGCCUCAUGAGUAGUCUGCAACGCUUAUAUCGAGCGCCGCGCUCGUACCACGUAUCAUGCAACAAAAGCUACUCGCCAACACCUGAGUGGUGAUUUCCAAUUGUCUGUCGGGUUUCGGAU